GGCUGUCGGGCUUAUACUGUAUCAACCAGCGGCAACUGCGCAUGUGCACAACAACAUGGCGGCGUACAGCACAUUCGUCGCUGGCAUAGCAUGUAAAGGUGCCGCCCUCGUUCCUGGUGGUCAGUGGUUGGUGACAAGCUACCUUUCGCCGAUACUUGGCCGUUGUUUGAGGCUGCAGACUGCAUCGCUUUGCAGUCGUGGGACGCAGCCGCAGAUGAGUCAAAAGAGUAACGCAGAGGAAGAGAGGGAAAGCGAGGGUCCCGCGUACAUUCCCCUCAAAAAGGCCAAGAAUCCGAUGAUGAAGAUUGGGUAUGCCUGGAUGAUCGGCCUCCCCGCUGGAAUUAUUGGCUUCCUGCUGGCCAAAAGGCAAGUGGACAAAAACCGUCUCAAGCAACUGAAAGUUCGACAGAGAAUGCGAAGGUCCAAUGAGGGGGACUAUGAAAGAAGCCGGUACCGACAGAGUGUCGAGACUGUUAAACUUGACCAAUGAUGCCGUGGACCCUCGGCCCAAAGACUGAUUCUCCAGACCUUGUUCUAACAUCCCUGGUCCCACAGGGAAGGAACUUCAAGUAAAAGUAAUUUGCUUGUUUAAAGGAAUUAUAGUAAAUGUUUUUGUGUUUCAUCAGUGUAAUAGAGAAUUCUAUGUUGACUUCACUUCUGUAAAAUGUCCAUGAAAAACACAACGGCCACAAAUAAAAUUAUUUAUUAUAUAUGAAAAGCCGAGCAAUAUAUUUAUAAGCUACACCACAGGGAUCACCAACCUUCCGGAAGAUCUGAGCAAUUUUUAAAUAACCUGUAAUUAACGUAUGGUAUUGUAUUCAUCUAUGUGAAGACCCUACUAAUUUCUCACAGUAAUUAAUGAUUUGACAAAAUGGUGUGAGUGUGUGGGCACCAAAGUGUAACACUUCACAAAUCUCUGGAGGCGUGUACAUUUUCGUAACACUUUUCACAAAUGCUCACAUUUUCCAACGAUCCCACCAACCAACACUCCUCGGCAAUUACAACAUCCUGGUGACCCCUGCAGGCCCCACACUCAUGACUGUGCUUAGGUGUGACUUUCUGAAAAGUGUGGAAAAGCAAGGCGUGGACAAACUUGUCAUUCCGUAUUGAAACAAGCGACAUAAGAGACCGGCAAAAACACGCUAUGCGCUAAACAUACAGUAGUAUUUAAUGCAGGUAACCCAGUAACGGUUCUUCUAUUCAACCGACCCUCAAGCACAGGUUAAACUGGCGCGUAACAGUUCCAAACAACCCGGCGAAACAUCAACAGACGUCAUAGAGACGUUUCAGCUCUACAUCUGUACAAGUCGAUAUAAAAUACAGUUGUUGUUUACUUCAAGCCAGUAAAAAUGGCAACAAUUUCACACUGGAAUACUUUUUUUCUUCUUUUUUUUUUAAAUAGGCGUAUAAAUGUAGAAAUAUACUAUAUGUGAGUGCGUCGGAAUGUCUUGCACAGUCAUCAACUCUCAAAAUUCAGCCCUUAAGUAAUAUUCGUUGAGUGCAGCAUGAUUUACCUGAUUUACAUUCGAGAGUUACGCGUGG